CUGAAAAUGUUAUGGAUUUCUGUUGGUCACCUACCGAUCCUGUAAUAGCUCUAUUUGUUCCUACAGAUGCUGAUGAGAUGCAGCCUGCCAGGGUCAGUCUGAUACAUGUUCCCAAUAAAGAGGAAUUAAAGAAGAAGAAUCUCAAUGGUGUUAGAGAUUGCAAAAUGUUCUGGCAAAGCAAUGGGGAAUAUCUUGCUGUUCUGUUCAACCAGUUCAAUGGAAUGAGGAGUACUACUUAUCAACGUUUUGUGAUCUUUGGUAUCAAAGAUCCAGGUAUCCCUGUUGAGGACUUUGAACUUGAGAAUGAGAAUGACAUGAUUAUUGCAUUUUCUUGGGAGCCAAAUGGCCAAAGAUUUGCAGUCAUCCAUGCUUUAGAUCAAAGGCAGAAUGUGAGUUUUUACUCGGUUAUAAAAGCUCAGAACAGAUUCCAAUUCUCAAAGCUUGUAACUCUGGAAGUUGAGCAGGCAGGUUCUCUUCACUGGUCACCUGCUGGGCGUUUCAUUCUACUAGCAGCAAUGAGGGGUUGUGGUGGAGACUUGAUAUUUUAUGACGUUGAUGCUCUGGGAACCUUAGCUAUCGAACGUUUUGUGGCAACAAACAUUGAGUGGUCUCCUACUGGAAGGUAUGUUGCAACUAUCAGGACUUUAUCUGAUGAUUUGGAUGUCAGGCAAGAGGAAUUUCAAGAAGGGGUCAUGAUUUGGUCCUUCUUUGGGGUGCUAUUGUAUCAGAUUCCAAGGAGGCAUUUAACACAGUUUUGGUGGCGUCCGAGGCCCUCUCCCUCCUCUAGUACCCAAGAAAUGCAAGAUGUGCUAGAGGUUGUGAACGAACUUGAUAUUGACCUUGACAACGACCUUGAUAACCUUAUUCAAUUUGGCGACGUUGAUAACGAGGACAAAGAAGUUUUCACAUUAUCUACAGAGCAGCUUUCCACUUGGAAAGCACCAGAGGGCUGGGAUCAGUGGUGGACAGAGAUUGGACGUAUGAUGAAUAAAAAUCGGAAUGCAGCACUGAAGGAGCCUGAGAGGAAGGAAGAGAAGCUGGACGGAUAGAUGUUGAUUGACAACUAAUAUAUAAACAUUCAGUAUGAUUGGUUUCUUUUAAGAUUUUUGACUGAAUUGGUUAAAGUGAUCGUAAAGAAAGUGAAAGAGU